AUGGACAGCAGAGAUCCAUUUCGAGAUCUACAGUUUGAUGGAAGGCCAGGUCAGUACCGAGAGUUCAGGCGCAAAGUCAUUCUGUCGGUAGCUGCCCUGGAGGAUAAGAAUCAGCACUUAGCAGGGCCCAAACUAUUGGCCCGACUUUCUGGUGAAGCUUGGAGGUGCACAGAGCACUUAUCAAUAGCUGAUGUGCGAUCAAAACGUGGAUGGCUUACAGUUUUGGAGUGUUUGGAUAAACAUUACAAACAUUUGCCUGAGGUUGAGUUGCACGAGGCCAUUGAUGAAUUCCUUUUUCAUCUGAAGAAACGUCAUGGUGAGGGAACUACUGCUUUUGCUGCAAGGUUCAAAACAGCCUUGUCUAGGUUGGAGAAUUUGAUUCAACAGGAACGUGAAGCUGCCAGGACGAAACGUCGCCGCAAGGGUGAUGGAGGUAGGCUCAAGCCUGCGUCGCCUGUUGAUAGCUCACUGGAAGAAUCUGAUUCUGCUGCAGACCCACCGCCGUCCGAAGGCGCUGCUGGUCAAACCGAUGAUACAGAUGAGGGUGUUGAGAAAGAACAGAAAGAGACUGCAAGAACAUCCCAUGCUGCUGCAUCUGGUGCCGCAACUCCCAAAGCUGCUCCAGAGCCUAGUCCAGCCGGACCUGAGAGACAGACCACCCCUGGUAGAACUGAGUUUUCAGCCCGAUCGAAAGCUGGUUCAGAAGGAGGUUCACACAAGUCAUCCAAGAAGUCAACUGGAACUCAUGCCGGUGACACUAGCCGUGCUCAGCUGGAGAUGCAACGCAUGUUAGGCACUUUGGAGCCAUCACACCGAAAGCCGAAGCCGAUUUUUCCACAGUCAGUUUUGGGCCACCUUUUCAUGCGAAAGUUUGGACUGAAUCGUGAGCAGAGAACUUUGGUUAUCCGCUCAACAGGUGAAAGCUCUCGUUUCCUGGACGUGGAGAGGAUCCUUCGAGCAUCUGAUUUGGAGGAUAAUCGGUAUGAUGACAAAAAGCCCCAAAAGUUGCAAUUGCGUCCCCAAAAACAAGUUUAUGCAGUUCAAGAUGAUCCCAAUGAUGAUAGCUCUUCCUUAGAAGCUCCCCUGACUGAAUCUGGUAGCGAUGACAAUGAGGUUUUAGCAGGUGAGCAUGAACAACAAUCAAGUGAUGAUGAGUUGGCCGAAAUCUAUGAUAUUCAGAAAAAGGCCAAGAAGGAUUUCAAGAAGAGUUUUCGAUCAUACAAAGAUUCCAAACGUAAGGUCAAAGAAAUCAAGAAGGCUAGAGCUGGUCCUUCCUCAUACUACCCUGUCGUUGCCAUGCCUCCUGACAACGUUUCAGCCAGUGGGAGCCAGCAGCCGACGGUCAAGCCUUUCAAGUAUGACCGCAAGGACUCCAACAAGAAGAAAGGAGAUGGGAGGGGAUCGAAACCACCUCGUAAGGAGGAAGCCAAUUUGACCCAGUCUGAGUUUAUUGAAAAUUUCAGCUACAUGGUUGAAGAAUGUCAUGCAAUUUCAGUGGAUUCACAACUCGACGAACUGGAUAUUUAUUUGGCAUCGAUUCCACAAGGUUUUGCAAUUGUUGACACUGGUUGUACAACUUCGGUUAUUGGUGAACAAACUGCGGCCACCCUAUCGACAUUUCUACAACAACAUGGUUAUCCUGCUCCUCAAGAAGUAGCUCUGCCAGCUGUAGAAUUGAAGGGUUUCAAUGGCAAGUCCGAGCAGACCACCAAGGGUCUUCGAUGGACAGUUUGUCUUGGGAAGUUGCAAGGUAAUAUUACAACCUAUGUGGUCCCUGGCAUGACCCCCUUCUUACUUUCACGCCGCGUCCUUGAAGGUAUGGAAGCUGUACUUGACCUUCACCAUCGCACCAUCACCAGCAAGAAGCAUGGCAUGGACCAGGUGCCAUUGCGACAGGCCUCCCACGGCCAUUUCCUGCUGCCCUUGUGUGCCAUUGAUGGUGAACUUGAGAUAGCCCAAUGUGAAGAUACCAAUGAGCCCAAUCAAGAUGAUCCGCCUCCGGCCAACCAUUCGGCCGAUGAAGCUGAGGAACGUGUUCCCCCUGGUGCUGACAAACAGGAAUUUCAGUGUUCUGUAGCAUCCCUGGAAUUAUGUGGAAAGUUUGCCAUCUCGCCCUGGAGGAACCGGACGGCAUCUAUAGAUCGCCGACCUGUGACUGCAAUGAACACAGCCAUCUUUGCCUUUCGAUUGCCUGAGCCCAGUUCCGAUGUUUCAAAUGCAUGCCAAGAACCGACAGAGCCAUCAUGUUACUGCUGUAGCACUUGUGAUUCCAGUCCCAUCCAGCCUGAAUGUCAUGGUCUUGAUGUUGAAGAACUAUAUAAUGAAAAUAUGGAUUGGGUAGAUCUGGAUCCCAAGCAAGAAGUUCCUAAGAAAUCCCAAGAAAUGCUAAUGCGUAGCAUCCAGUCAAUGAGAAAAGCCAGCAGCCGCAUGGUCCUGUCACGCAUGGCCUCACAGCCAAAUCAAGUGAAAUCUGAGCUGAGGAAAUGGUUGGGGUCCCAAGCAUAUAAGUUGGAUAAGAAAGUAGGACUUGUCGAAGUGUUCACAGGUCAAGCUCCACUGUCGGACAUGUUUGAGAAAACCACCGGAUCCCAAGCCAUUCGCCUGGGUCUUGACUACGGUCAGGACUUUACCAAAUUGCAUGAUCGCCGUUGUUUGCUUUUGCUGAUCGCUUGGUGCAGACCAGACCACCUCUGGUUCAGUUUCCCGUGCAAAUACUGGGGCCAAUGGACACAUCUCAAUAUGGCCAAAGAAGAAAGCACUAGACAAAUGAUUGUCGAACAGCAGAAUAUCGCCAGAAGAUACCUGCACAAUGUGUCCGAAGCCUGGCAUUUGCAAUGCCUUUUGGGCGGCCAAGCUCAUGCAGAAAAUCCUUUGUCUUCUCUGGCGUGGGCCGAGUUGUCACUGGAGAAUGCCUUGGAGGUCAGAAUAGACCAAUGUGCCUUAGGCUUGCGAUCACCAAAGACUGACCAGCCUGUCCUCAAGCCGACACGAAUUGUAACUUCGAUGUCAGACCUGGCAUCUGGACUUUUGAAAUUUCGUUGUGACGGCAGGCAUGAACAUGCACACCUGGAAGGUAAGUUCAAGGGAUAUAACUUGACUAGUUGGGCUGAAACUUACCCCAAAAAGUUGUGUCGCAUCAUGGUAGGUCUCAUGUCCCAGCAAGCUCCAGUUUCCAAGCAUAAGCAUAUAGAAGACAUUCUUGCCGAAGAACAUGAUGAACUGGAAGAACUUGAUCAACCACAAGAACAAGUUGGCCAAGAUUCAGAGGGCGCUGUUGCUGUUCCAGGUGAUGACUUAGAAAUGAAACGUGCCCGAGCACUUGUCCAUAAGGUUCAUGUUAAUACCGGUCAUUCAUCCCCAGAACUCAUGACCAGGCUUGCAUUGCGUUGUCAGUCUUCCCAAGCAAUCCGGCGUGCUAUCAAAGAAUUUCGAUGUUCAGUUUGUGAUGAACUGAAACCUCCGCCCAGCCGUCGUAAAGCCACGAUAGCCCACACAGAAAGCCCCAACGAAGUCGUUGGUGUAGACUAUGUUCAAGUUGAACUCACUCGAGAAGAUCAACGUGGUCAGAACCGUACUGUGAUUUGUAACGUGCUGACCUGUGUGGACUUGGCCACCGAUUUUUGCCAGCAGAUAGUUGUACAGCCUGGACCGCAUGGACUGUCAAAAGCCUUUCAUCAGGUUUGGAGUAGGCCUUUCGGAGUUCCCAAAACUGUCUAUAUGGAUCCCGAUCAUAGGACUAUUUCCCAUGACUUCCAACGAUAUAUGGUUAGGCAUAAUAUCCAACUUCUUCAUGCUGCAGCCGAAGCACACUGGCAAUUAGGCAAGGUUGAGGUAGCAAACAGAGUUUUGAGAUCCAUGGCACAACAUGUUUGGCGUUCAGGUGUUGAUGCAUCCCCUGAAGAAGUCAUUGAAACUUGUGCCGGAAUCCGGAACGAGCAGUUGCGAAAGCAUGGCUUUUCGCCAGUCCAAUGGUUCUUAGGCCGUGAGCCACGUCAUGCCGGAUCUUUGGCAGACGUUGAAGAGCAGCUGAACCCAGCAACUCAAUCCCAGAUCUUAGAUGAUCCAACCUUUGCAGCCAAGGUCCGUUUGAGAGACCAAGCAGCCAAGGCAUUCCUUGAUGAACAUGCUAAAGAUACAUGGCGCCGUGCAGUUGCAGGCCGCAAUAGGCCCAUGAGAGGUCCUUUUGUUCAAGGUCAGUUGGUGUACAUGUUUCGUAGGCAAGGAAAAGGAACAGCCAGAGGCAUGUUGGUCACGAGGCAAGGUGCAUGGUUGGGUCCUGGCCGAAUCAUAGGAACUGAAAGUUCUCGCGACAGUGUGAUUCCUCGUUUGAUUUGGGUGUCUUACAAUGGGUUCUUAUACCGCUGUGCUCCUGAAGGUCUUAGACCAAUGCCUGAAGACGAAACCGUUUUCAGAAAGCUUUCCAAAUCCCUGGCAGUUGGCAAGUUGUCGCCUGAGAUGGAGCAAGCCGAAAGUCACUUGCGCCACAAUGCAGGUCAGUUUAUCGACCUUGUUCCCAGUAUCCCUCAAGAUGAUGAUUUUGAGCUCAAAGAAGACAUGGAUGUAGAACCAGAUGCCCCUGAUCCACACUCAGAGGGCGGUCCUAGGAAAGUAAGACGUAGGUUCUAUCGCUCACCAGAGUAUUGGGAACAGCGUGCAGCCGGCAUGCCACCUGCAGGUGCUCUCCAGGAGGGUCCAAGACCUGAAACGGUUCACUUAGCUCCUGAUGAUGAUCUCAUGUCAGAACCAAUUGAUGAGCCUGAAGAAAAACGUAGGAGGGUUGCCAUCAAUAGUGAUGUUGAUGAACAUGAAUAUGAACCUGAAUCCCCACUACGUGAACCAGUAGCUGAUGAACCCCAAAUAGACCAACCGCAAAUAAAUCCAGAUGAUUCCAAUCUUUUGCCCGAAGCAGCAGGCACUGUGCCAGCCGAUAGUGCCGAACCCACUGAUGUUCCCAUGAUUGAGCAACAUGCAGAAGCCAAUGAAAGAGCAGUGAACACUCAGGUUCCUGAUGAUGGUGACGAAUUGCAAGUCACUGCGCAGCCGUCAGCACCAAGUGCAGAUCGGAAAACACAGCGAGCCGAGCAAGUCUUUGAGGGAGGCUAUUUACUUUGCCUCACUGUUCCCCAAAUGCUGGAGCGCAAGAGAGCGGUCUGCUGGUUGAUAGAUUGGCAGAGCAAGAAACUCCGCCGUGUCGUGAGAUCUUCGGUGGCAGCUGAGACUUUGGCAGGGCAAAAUGGUUUAGAUGGAAUCGAGGCAUUCCAGGCCUUGUGGGAUGAAACCUUGUUUGGUGCUCGCAAUAUGCGCCAGAAGUCAGUGGAUGACCAGCCAUUGACCGAUAGCGAAGUUCGCAUGACCACCGGUUUGCUGUACCGUGCAGUAUGCCAUGGCCAAGCCCAAGCAGUGAUUCAGACUUAUCGUGCCUCUGUGAUUCCGAAGCGUUUCCAGGUGGGAGCCGUGAGCCUCAUGAACGAUGUGCAGAUGUUCACUGGUUUGGCCAAUUGUGCGAAGGAGAUCCAUGCCACUCAGUCAGCCCAGCUGCAGACUGUGUCAGGUGAGUCAAUGACAGAUGCCGCAAAGCGUCGCCUUGACCCUGAGUCCCCGCAUUCCUUGACGGAAUCAGUGUGGGAGGAACUGGCCGCUUCAAAUGCAGAGUCUCCGCCGAUGCACUACAAGAUCAGCUCGGGGUACCCAGUGCCUAUGCCAGGUUAUGGCGAUUUUCCUCCAUCCAAUGAGGUGUCCUAUGUCAAUUACAAGAUCAAGAUUCCUGAGGAGGGCAUGACGUUUGAGCAAUGGGGUCAUACCAUUUGUAUCAUGGACAAGGUGAAAGCCUUGGAGUUGAACUACGUUGGCCUCAUCAAGUAUGCCAAGCACGAUUCCGAGAUCGAGCGCUACCUUGGGUGGAUUGUGAACACCUAUGGAUCGAAGGGUACUGGCCAGGUCAAGGGAAAGAUCACCCGUGCAGUCGACCUUGCUUUGUUUUUAGAAGCUUCUGGUUGGCGUGCGGCGAGCCCAUCCCAAUCGUCUCAGGCCAAGAUGCUUGCAGCAAGCGCUGGUGAUGCAGACGAGGACUUGCUGGAAGUUGCGUGGGUCCCCAUGGAGAAGCCUUCGAAGUCAGCAGCCGUGCCCAAGGCUCCACUGUUUGUUGCUGCGGGUGCCCUGAGUGACGCCUUGCAAGCGGAGUUCCCUGAUGCCACCUUUGUGGACGGAACCAAGGAGGCAUUGACUUCCACGAUGAAAGAUCCACAUGGCGCCAUCAUCUACGUGGCCGCCCUCUCGGAAGACUGUCCCGAGAUGGAGGUCUUACAAUCGGCGUUGCUGACCGCACAAGUGGCCAUGCAGAUGUCUUCGCAGCGACUUGCUGUGCCACCCAUUUGGUGGGUGACAAAAGGAACCCAGGACAAGGUCACACGCAGCUACGUCCACGGCGGCUUGUGGGGCCUGGCACGCACCUUCCGCAUGGAAGAGCGCAAUGUGUCUCUCAGGUGUUUGGACCUGGACGAUACCUCCAACUCCACUUCUGAAGCCUUGGCUGCGGAGCUGAAACGCUGGCUGCAGCAGCUGCAGAACAGCGAGGUUGAAACGGAAGUGGCCAUCGCCGACGACAGCUGCAUGGUCUCACGCCUCUCGCGGGCUGAAGCCUUGCCAUUGAAGGCGGGCGAGUUGCUGAUGUCUUCCCGUGGAAGCCUCUCCAACUUGAGGCCGGUGCUCCAAGAGACUCGCGCGGUGCCCAAGGCGACUGAGGCUGAGCUCCGUGUCCGCGCGGUGGGGCUGAACUUCCGCGACGUGCUCAACGUCAUGGGUCUCUACCCUGGCGAUCCUGGACCCCCUGGAGCUGACAGCGCAGGCACUGUGUUGUCCAAGGGUUCCGAGAUCACUCACAUUCGAGCUGGUGAUGACGUCUUUGGCGAAUCUCCGGGCUGCCUGCGACGCUACAACUGCGGUCUGGCAGCGCUGCUGUCGCCCAAACCGCCCUCCUGGUCCUUUGAAGAGGCUUGCUGCAUGCCGGUGAUUUUCGUCACUGUCGAAGAGGCCCUUGGAGAUCUGGCUCAGCUGAAACGCGGCGAGCGUUGCCUGAUCCAUGCUGCGGCCGGUGGCGUGGGGCUGGUGGCGAUUCAAUACGCGCAGCACGUGGGAGCCGAGGUCUAUGCCACAGCCGGUGCAGAGGAAAAACAUGAGUUCUUGCGAUCGAUGGGUGUGAAGUACAUCACCAGCAGCCGCAACGGUGCCAAGUUCGAAGAGGACAUGAAGAAUUUCCUGAAAGACACAGAUGGCCUGGAUGUGGUGUUGAACAGCUUGAGCCACGAUGACUACAUCGGUCGAUCCCUGGCAUUGCUGAAACCUGGCGGACGCUUCAUGGAGAUCGGCAAGCGAGGCAUUUGGAGCCACGACCAGAUGUUCCAAGCAAGGCCUGACGUGAUGUAUGAGAAGAUUGCAGCUGAUACCAUGAUGGACCUGGAACCUUGGAGAUACAACGCCUACAUGAAGCGACUUGUAGGACGCGUGGAGGAAGGCGGCUUGUCGCCCAUCAACAUGCACAUCUUCGAGGGCAUCGAGAAUGGCGUCAACGCAAUGCAGUUCCUGCAACGUGCCAAGAACAUCGGGAAGGUCGUGAUUAGCCAACCCAGCACGAUGGACCUGAAGACCGACUCGCACUACGUGCUCAGCGGUGGCAUGGGAGCACUGGGAAUGGUGACUGCUCAGUAUCUACUGGAGGAGGGAGCCAAGUCCAUGUCUUUACUCUCACGGAGCGGCAGACCCUCUGCGGAUAUCACGGAGCUCUGGGCGCAACUGCAGGAGUCCAACGUGGAGAUCGCCGCCCGCAGCUGCGACAUCGCCUCAAUGGACGCGGUGCAACAACUGGCGCAGCAGUUGAAGGAGAUGCCCCGGGUGGCAGGUCUUAUUCACUUGGCUGCUGUACUGGACGAUGCGACCAUGCCCAAGUUGACUCGUGGGCACCUAGAGAAAUCCUAUGGAGCCAAGGUUUGGGGAGCGCGUCAUCUGCGCUGCGCCUUGUCGGAUGGCAAGACGCCCUGGGACUUUGCACUUCUCUUCUCCUCCACGUCGGCUUUGCUCGGUUCUCCGGGCCAGGGCAACUACUCCGCGGCCAACGCAGCUCUCGACGGCCACGCGCGCUACUGGAAGCAGGUCUUGCAGGAGAAUGUCAUCUCAGUGCAGUGGGGCCCCUGGAAGGAGGUGGGCAUGGCGGCUCAGAAGGGCACGGUGGAACGCUUGCGGCAGAGCGGCGUCGGUGCGUUGAGCAAUGCCUUUGGUAUGGCAGCGCUCGCUGGGUGCUUGAAAGCCCCCCUGAGUACCACCUUGGUCGCGCAGCCCAUGCGAUGGGCCGUGUACCUGAAGCAGUACCCCAAGAUCCCGCCCUUCUUGUCCAAGUUUGCCAGCGAGGCGGCCAACCUCACCUGGGUGAAGACGGCCAAGCCCAAGAAGGCUGCGGCCCCUGCGGCUGCCUUUGGUGCCAUGGCACCUGCGGUGCCACAAGUGGACAAGGCUUCGCUGAUGCAGCUGUUGCAGCAGAUUGCAUCGGAAGUGGCAGGUGGCGGCACCGUAGAUUCGGAGACGCCAUUGAUGGACUCGGGAAUGGAUUCCUUGUCGGCCGUGGAGUUCAGAAAUCGCUUCACUGGAAAGAUGCCAGGAGUGAACCUGCCCAACACGCUGAUUUUCGACUAUCCCACCAUCUCAGCCAUUGCAGACUUCACUACCAGCCAGAUGGGCCCGGGCGCACCUGCCCGCGCAAUGCCUUACCAGGCUGCAGGUCCCAGCCAAGCAGAGGUGAAGGACUUGCUGAAGCGCAUUGCCUCCGAUACCACGGGUGGACUGGUGGAAGACGAGAAGCCCUUGAUGGAAUCGGGCAUGGAUUCGCUGUCGGCGGUGGAGUUCCGAAAUCGCCUCAGCACCGAACUCCCAGCAUUGGAUUUGCCCAACACGCUCAUCUUCGACUACCCCACCAUCUCCAGUGUGGCCAGCUAUGCCUCCGAGCAACUCGGAGCUGGUGCAGCCACCAUGCCCAUGGCCAUGCCUGGUGUGGCAGGAGUGCCGCGCGGCCCGAGCGCAGGCGGCAUGGAUCAGCAGCUCUCCGUGGCUGGCGUGGCCGCCAACUUCCCAGCAGCAGCAUUCAACGGAGCAUCCUUCCAGUGUGCGAUUACGCAGGGAGUGGAUGGCCAAGUGGAGGUUCCCUUCACGCGCUGGGAACUGGAAGAGGUUUGGGAUCCAAACCCAGACGCCCAGGGCAAGAUGUAUCCUCGCCAUGGCGCCUUCAUCGAGGCUGUGGAGUGCUUCGAUGCCAAAUUCUUUGGCAUCUCACCCCCAGAGGCACGCGCGAUGGAUCCACAGCAACGGCUGCUGCUCGAGUGUUCCAUGAACAGUUUGCUGGAUGCAGGAUUAGAGAAGUCCUCGGUCAUGGGAAAGGAGGUCUCGGUACAUGUGGGCUUGGCCAACAACGAUUGGAUCCAGAUGCAGUCCUGGGACUUCAAAAAGAUCAGCCCCUACACCGCUACAGGCAUGUCCUUCUCCGUCUCCGCGGGUCGUAUCUCCUAUGCCCUGGGAUUGAAGGGCCCAUCCUACAUCGUUGACACGGCCUGUUCUUCGGCUUUGGUGGCUUUGGACUGUUCUGCCACGGCUCUUCGCAAGGGCCGCUGCAGCAGCGCGCUGAACACUGCGGCCAAUGUCAUGGCCAGCCCCACCACGUACAUCAGCUUCAGCAAGCCCCGCAUGUUAUCCGCCCUUGGGCGUUGCUUCACCUUCGACGCCUCCGCGGACGGCUACGCCCGCGGCGAGGGCGCCGGUGCGGUGCUGCUGCGGCUGCCGGAGGAGGCCAUUGAGGCGGCUCGGACGGCGGAGCAGCCAGAGGCCACCUUGGAACGCUGUGGAUUGCUAGGGGUGGCCGUCAACCAGGACGGUCGCAGCUCCACUCUGACGGCGCCCAACGGCCCCUCCCAGGGCAGCGUGAUGCGCGUGGCGCUGGCGGAGGCCAGGAUGCAGCCAGAGGAAGUGGUGCACAUGGAAUGCCAUGGAACUGGCACUCCUUUGGGUGACCCCAUUGAGAUCGGAGGCUUGAAAUCCAUCAACGCUUCGAGGACGCUGGAAAAUCCCUUGGUCCUGGCUGCGGUGAAGUCCAACUGUGGCCACUUGGAAGGUCCCGCUGCCUCCACAGGACUCAUCAAGUCCGUGGCGCUGAUGGAGCAUUUGUCGUCCAUGUCCUCAAUCCAUCUGCGGGCCUUGAACCCGAGCAUCGCGGCCUUGCACGACCUGCCUGCGCUCUUUGCGACGGAGUCGCUGCCUUUGUCAAAGAAGUCCUUGAGCCGCCUGGGCGGUGGUCUCUCCUCCUUCGGCUUCGGUGGAACCAACGCGCACGGCGUGGUCUCCUGUGCCACCGAGGCGGCCGAAGCCUUCCGCCAGCAGCUGGCGGAUCUGCGUUCGCCUUCGUUAAGGGCGGCGGCGUUGCCGCUGCGCUUGGCGCCGGCGGUCUUUGAAAAGAAGAGCUUCCCCUGGAGAGAGGUGGGUUUCCGCUUCUUGCGAGCCAAGCCUGGUGAGGGGAUCUUCGAAGUGGCCAUGCGAAUGGACGUCUACGACGUGGUGAAGCACCACGUGGUCUUCGGUUCCAUCGUGGUGCCCGGGGUGGUCUUCGUGGAGAUGGCCCUGGAGGCCACCAAGGAACUCUUCGGACAUGGCGUGCGCAUCACGGAUGUGAACAUGAUGUUCCCCUUCGUGGUCCCUGAGCGUGUCACUGGUGCUGAGCCGCCUCCAAUCAUGCGCUUCGUGUUGAAGUCGGAGACGCGGUUCCAGAUUGAAAGCACUUCAGCCACCGGCACCGUCACAGUCCAUGCGGAAGGUGGCAUCAAUCGCUCGCCCCUGCGUGGGGAGGAAGCUGAAACGGACAACUUUGCCAAAGCGAAUCCGGUGGAUGUCGAAGAACUUCGGGCGCGCAUCAAUGAGGUGGUGCCAACCAAGGACGUCUACGCUGCGAUCGAUGGCGUGGGGCUCUAUUUGGGACCAAUGUUCCAGACGGCCAAACAGCUCUGGCGAAAAGAACCUGAGGAAGGAAGUGAAAGCAAGGUCAUUGAGGUGCUUGGACGCUUGAAGCUGGAUGAUGGGGUGCCCAAUGUGGGAUAUGUCCUGCAUCCAGCCGUCUUUGAUGGCACCAUUCACAGUUUGGGUACUGCCUCGGUUGGCAAGAAUGUGAACGAUCUGAAGAUCUUUGGUGGUGUGGGACGAGUUUCGAUCAUUCAGACCGAGAACUUCUCUCAACAUGAAGAAUAUUGGAUUUGGCUCAGUAUCAAAGAGAAGCUCGAGGCAUCGGAGACCUUUGACUUGAAGGUCAUGUCCAGCAAUGGCACGGUGCUGAUGCUCAUGGACAAUGUGGUCUUCCGCAAGGUCCUGCCCGAACAGAUCCAGAUGGCAAUCGCUGCGCAAUCCACACCGGAGGAUGAUCAGAAGAUCUACGAGAUCGAGUGGCAGGAAGUGGCAGAAGCAGCAGUUGAGGAGGAAGCUACUGAAGAGAAGUGGCUGGUGUUACAUCAGGAGGCCUCCAAGAGCUUUUUGGAUGGUCUGCGCCAGCACUUGAGCGGCAACCACAGCUACGCUGGCCUCAGCGAUGUAGAGAAUUGGGGCAAGCUGCAAGAUUACAACAGGAUCGUCUCCCUGGCCGGCCUCGCCGGGCUGCCGGAGGACGCCGAGAAGUCUGCGGCAGAGGUGUUGAAUGUCUUAGAUGGCACCAUGCGAUUGAUGCAGAUCUUGGCGAAUGAAGCGAAAGAGGUGGGCGACUCGCCACCGCUGUGGAUGGUCACCUCGCUGGCCAACGCGGUGCUGGCAGAUGAUUUGGGGACGACGAUGUCACCUUCAAACCACGCCGGGCUGUGGGGCUUGGCCAAGGCUUUCCGCAACGAGCAUCCGGAGUUGGCACCGGCCACCACCUUCGACCUGGAAGAUGCCGUGUGCAGGUCACCCGAGCAGCUGGCGCAGCAGCUGAAGUUGCUCCAGCAGCAGCAAGUCGCAGGCCUUUCAGAACCGGAGCUGGCGCAACGACACAGCGAAGGCAGCCUGAAGCUGUGGAUGCCACGCUUGGUGGACUGCACGCAGCGCUUGCAGCAGGCCGAAAAGGAAGCACCAAGUUUUGACUCGGAUGGGCUCUAUGCAGUGACCGGCGGCACCGGUGCGCUGGGCUUGGUCUUUGCUGAGUGGAUGGCAUCUUUGGGUGCCAGGCACUUUGCCUUGCUCUCACGAAGCGGACAACCACCCGCAGAUUCCAAGGCGGCCUUCCGCAAGUUGGAGCGGCAGAUGUCGAAGAUGGAGAACGCCACCUUUGCGGCGACCAAGUGUGACAUCAGCUCUGUUGCAGAUGUGCGCCGUGUUUUCACGGAUCUGAAGCAGAAGCAUGCAGUGAAGGGCAUUGUUCAUGCAGCUGGAACCCUUUCGGAUGGACUCAUCAAGGACAUGACCCGCGAAACUCUGCAGUUGGUCUGCUCCGCCAAGGUGGACGGAUCUUUGAAUCUUCACGCUGCAGCUGUGGAGUUGGCCCUCCCCUUGGAGGAGAUGUGGCUGUUCUCAUCAGUGGCCGCAAUGAUUGGCUCGGUGGCACAAGGCAACUACUGCGCCGCCAACGCCUUCAUGGACGCCUUCGGUGCUCGGCGGCGCGCCAAGGAUCUGCCAGCCAUUUCGCUGCAGUGGGGGCCAUGGGCAGAGGUUGGGAUGGCAGCACGCGCCGGCACCUCUGAAGGUAGUAUCGCUCGCUUGGAUCUCUCGCGCGGCUUGGAAGCCAUGGCUUUGGUGCUGGGUGCACAGAAGGUAUUGCGACCCGCAGGCACCCUGGGCAUCGCCCGCAUCAAGUGGAAGUCACUGCUGGGGCAGAUGCCAAAGGUCCCUCCGGUGCUCAGCAAGUUCGGUGGCAGCGUGGGUGGAAAGAAAGCGGCCGCAGCGGCUGGAGCCAUUGUGAGCGCAGACGACAUCAAGGGCAUCGUUGUGGGUGUUCUGCAGGAUGUCUUGGAAGGUUCUGGCGAUCUGGACCUCUCCACACCUUUGAUGGAGAUGGGCCUUGACUCCUUGGCCGGCGUGGAGUUCCGCAAUCGCCUGCAGGCGUCCUUCGAGGGUCUCACGUUGUCGUCUACCUUGAUGUUCGACUACCCCACGGUACCAGAUCUGGUGGACUACAUCUAUCAGCAGGUCGGACCCGCCGAAGACGAGAUGGGCGCAGCCGGUGGUGCAGGUGUUGUGAUGGAUGCUGGUGCCAUGUUGGCCAUUGCCAGUCACGCCGGAAGAUAUCCAGGAUGCUUCACCAACAACGUGCAAGAAUAUUGGCACAACAUGAGCAUGGGACUGGACACCACCACGGAACUGCCUCCGGAGCGUUGGGAUAUGGACGCCUACUACGAUGCCGACGUUGAUGCACCAGGCAAGACCUAUGUCCGCUUGGGUCACUUUAUUCCAGGCAUCGAGCACUUCGACGGCGACUUCUUUGGCGUCUCGGAGGCGGAGCUCCGUGCGAUGGAUCCGCACCAGUGGUUAGCAUUGGAGAUCAGUUAUGAGGCAUUCCAUGCAGGUGGCAUGGACAAGGACUCCUUACAGGGUAUGGACUGCGGUGUCUUUGUGGGUUGCUGCAACCUGGGUGGUAACGAUGUGGAUCCUGAAGGGUUGGGUCCUUUCUCCAACAUCGGCUUUGCGUACUCCGGGCUGUCAGGCCGCAUUUCACACGUCUUCUCUCUCCGUGGACCGUGCUUCACGGUGGACACGGCAUGCUCCUCCACCAUUGUGGCAUUAGAUUCCAGUUCGCAAGCGGUGAAGCUCAACAGGUGCCAGAGUGCGAUUGCCACUGGCGCCAAUGUUCAGCUGUCAGGAUGCAUUUGGGUCGGCUUCUCCAAAAUGCGUGGUUUGGCCUUCGAUGGUCGCUGCAAGACCUUCGAUGCCUCUGCGGAUGGCUUCGCACGUGGCGAAGGUAUCGGUUCAGUGUGGAUCACCCGCGGAAGUGGCGAGAAGACCGGGGAGAACGAACUGGUUUCCCUCACGGGUGUGGCCAUCAACCACGACGGCCGCGCUGCCACCAUCACGGCGCCCAACGGCACGGCGCAGCAGCGCGUGCUGCGCAGCGCGCUGGCCGAGCGACAGACGCAGGGAGAGGACGUGACGAUGAUCGAGUGCCACGGAACAGGCACUGCUUUGGGUGACCCCAUCGAGGUUGGUGCGCAGCGGGCAGUCUAUGGCAAAGGCCGCAGCGAAUCGCAGCCAUUGAUCCUGGCUGCCACGAAGAGCAACAUUGGGCACUUGGAAGGCUCCGCCGGUGUUGCCGGCAUCUCGAAGGUCAUUUUGGCCAUCACCAAGGCUCAGAUCACCCCGAAUUUGCACUUGGAAAAACUGAAUCCAAACAUCGAUCUCUCGGGCUUCCACGUCUUGAUGCCGGACAAGUUGGUGGAAUGGAAGAGUGCCAGCUUGCGCUCUGGUGUGUCCUCCUUCGGUUUCUCUGGCACCAACGGCCACGGUUUGAUGGAAGCCACGCUGACGAACGCCACACCGCCCCAGAGGGCACCCAUGAAGUUCGCGCGCAAGGUGUUGAAACCAUGGAGGGAAUGGAUGAAGACAGUUCUGUACUUGGAAGAUUGGUUGCCUGCCGAUGUGGUUCCGACCUCCGGCCUGGUGGAAGGAACUGCCGUGCUGGCCACUCAGAGCCUGUCCGAUGAGUUGCUGAAGGCGCUGCCGAAGGCAGUGGCCGUGCAACUUUCCGAGCCCAACAAGAUGGCUGAGGCCAUGAAGGGUCGCCCUGCAGCAAUCUUCUGUGCUGACGCGGAAACCCCCAGUGGGGAGCCAUCCAUGAAGGCCUUGGAACAGUUGCUGGUCUUCCUGCAAGCUGCCGCCACGGCCGAAGAUCCCAAGCUGCUGCUGGUCGUCACGCGCGGCGCGCACGAGGCCGGAGCCUCCUUCGACGGCGCCUGUGCGCUGUGGGGUCUGCUGCGCUCCGCGCGGAUCGAGAUGCCACGGCUGGUCAUCAAGGCGUUGGAUGUGGAUCUCAAAGCAACCAAUCAGGACGUGGCCAAGGCCGUGGCCCUGGAGCUUCAAGGCGCCGACAACGACGUGGAGGCUAUCACGGGUAGCGCUGGACGUCGGGUGCCGCGGGUGGUGGAGGCGCCACAGGAGGCGUUGCAGCUGCAGAGGCAGGAUGCUAUGAGAGAUGCAGAGAAGAUGGCAACACAGGUCAAGCAAGGGCUGCAGCUGGUCACCGGUGGUCUGGGCGGUUUGGGCCUGGUAGCGGCAGAGGAGUUGGUGGCCCUGGGGGCACCAGGUCUUUUGCUCACUUCCCGCAGUGGAUGCGUGGCGGAAGGUCAGAAGCGUUUACAAGAUCAAUUGAAGCGGCUUCAGCUUUUGCCUGGACUGUUGCUUGGUGAUGAUUUCUACAUGCGCGCAUGA